AUGACUAAAGAUGUCAGAAUAUCCUGUAAUAUGGAGGCCGGCAGGGUUCAAGAAUUGGAGCAAAUAGUUAAACCUGCCUUAGAUAUAAUUAUUCAGUACGUCAAGGAAAUUGACAGUGGAAGUCGAAAUAUUGGUCCUAGGUUUGACAACCCUGCAGAACUUGAUAAGAAGCUUGGACUGCAAGAUAUUGCAAAUUUAUUUGAGAAAUCUAUACAACAAGAUGCUCUAGAUCCCACUAAAGAUGUUCUUCAUGUUGUGGAGACGAUACUGAACAACUCCGUCUGUACAUGGCAUCCCGGCUUUAUGGAUAAAUUAUACGUUGGUACAAAUCCGAUUGGGCUUUUGUCAGACAUGGUUUUGUCAAUUCUGAAUACCAAUUCCCACGUUUUCACUGUUUCCCCCGUGUUGACGGUAAUUGAAAAAAAAGUUUCACAAAAAUAUGCCUUUAUGUUUGGCUUUGACGGCGCACACGCAGGUGGUUUGACAUUUAGCGGUGGAUCGUGGUCUAACAUUACUAGUUUACAAACAGCAAGAAGCUUCAAGUAUCCAGACACCAAAACACAAGGCACCAGUAAAUAUAAGUUUGCAAUAUUCACCAGCGUGCAUUCUCAUUAUAGUAUUGAUAAGGCUGCAAUAUUAUUAGGUUUAGGUCUGGAUUCAGUUUUUAAAGUUCCUGUAAACGAAUACGGACAAAUGAAUACUGACGUGUUGGAAGCAAAAAUUAAAACAAGUAUCGAGAAAGGCUUCACGCCCCUCUACGUGAACGCUACUGCAGGAACAACUGUUUUCGGUUCGUACGAUCCAUUUGUGAAGAUUUCAGAGAUUGCCAAAAAAUACAAUUUAUGGUUCCAUAUUGAUGCAUCUUGGGGAGGUAAUGCCAUUUUCAGCCCGAGUAGGAAGAGUAAACUCAAUGGUUCUCAUCUUGCUGAUAGUAUCACGUGCAACCCACAUAAGAUGCUCGGAGUUCCUACAACUUGUUCCUUUUUACUCACUCCAGAUGAGCGUAUCUUUAAGCAGGCCAAUUCUUUGAAUGCACCAUAUCUAUUCCACAAUUUGAUGGACACCGAAGAAAAUUUUGACUUGGCAGAUGGUACCAUGGGAUGUGGACGCCGUCCCGAUGCGCUGAAGUUCUACUUAUCAUGGCUGUACUACGGACAGGGUGGAUUCCAAAAGAGAAUUGACCAUUCAUUUGACCUAGUUAGAUACUUUGUCUCCCAAUUAACGAAAACACCGGGUUUCACCGUGGUUAACGAUUUUCCAACCCCUUGUCUACAGGUUUGCUUUUAUUACAAUCCUACAAAUCAGAAACUGACAGGUGAGGAAAUGACCAGCUUGACAAGAAGAAUCGCUAUUGCCCUGCAUAAAAGUGGUGAUUUCUUAGUUGACUAUGCGCCAAAUCCUGACGAUGCAAUUAUAGGUGAAGAUAAUGGCGAAUUUUUCCGCUGCGUCUUGAACUCUCCGAAUAUUGAUAGUGAACUAAUUGACAAACUUAUCAACAGUAUUGUAUCCCUAGGAAAAAAAUUGGAAAAUAUUUAA